AUGGGCAGCGAGGCCGGCGAGCCGGCGGCCAGCCGGGCCCUGGCCCAGCUGAGCGACUCGGAGCUGGGCGGCUACAGCAAGGAGGAGCUGGUGCGGCGGCUGCGGCAGGAGGAGGCGGAGAAGCUGGCGGCGCUGGUGCAGCGGGGGCGGCUGAUCCAGGGCGUCAAUCGGCAGCUGCAGGAGCAUCUGCGGGAGAUCCGCGAGCUGAAGCAGGUGAACGAGCGCCUGGCGGCAGAGAACCGCGAGCUCCGCGACCUCUGCUGCUUCCUGGACGACGACCGGCUGAAGGCCAAGCGGCUGGCCCGGGACUGGCAGCUGUUCGGGCAGCAGGCGGCCCGGGUGCUGCGGGACGAGCUGGCCUCCUGCCUGCACAAGCUGGCCGGGCUGGAGGGGCUGCAGGAGCGCCUGGCCGCCGAUAACCUGGAGCUCAAGGCGCUCUGCCUGGCGCUGGAGGAGGAAUGCGCCGCCCGCGCCGACAACAGCCCCGUCGGCUCCUCGGAGCUCAGCCUGCCCUGCGGGCCCCGGGACCUGGGCGACGGUAGCUCCAGCACCGGCAGCGUGGGCAGCCCGGACCAGCUGCACCUGGCCUGCUCGCCCGAGGACUAG